UCGAUCCACUCACUCCCUAUUUCACCUUUUGUCACCCUCAUACGUCAGAAAUAGAGAAGCCAAUGAACAAUGACUAUGCACGAAGGAGAAGAUUCUAUUGAAAUAUUUAAAUACCCUUGAGCUGCUCAGGUGCAAAAUCUUUUUGCGCAGUUCUAAAUAUUGUUUUCGGAAAUCCAGUGAAAAAGAAGAGCAUGAUCUGCACGUCGUCUUUUAGAGCCUCCCUAGGAAUCUUAUUGCUCUUUUUAGGUUGCUAUUAUAACGUCUGUGGCCGCAAGAAGUUUGGAAACUACGCAGAGGAGCUCCUUUAUGACGCAGGGUCCUACUGGCUCUAUCAGAGAAGCGCCAUGGCGGACACUACAUUUACGACCACCUAUCGCUGCGUGAUGCUGACUUAUGUAAUAUUUGAUAACAUAUCCGACUUGGCGAUCUUAUAUACCUUUGGAAGCGCACUUCGUGAAAGGAGACCUAAACUGUAUAACGCUACGCUAUAUUCAAAGCAAAAGAACCUUAUUCGAUUCUAUCCAUUACUGAGCCAAGACACCACAGGUGCAAUGUUCUUUUAUUAUCGAAUCCUUCACUACUACAAAGGCUACUGCUACGUCGCUCAAAGGGUCCAUGCGGAUUCUGAUUUAACCAAAGAGUAUGGAAAAUGGCGAAAUUGUGAGUUUUGGGUGAAGAUAGACGACACUACCUCGGCCCAUACAGAGAAUAUUACAGAGAAGGCGAAAAAGUGCCAAUUUUUGUUUGAACGUUUUUGUUACACUGGCAUGCAACUUUAUGACGAGGACCACUGCAACAAGCGUAAUCGGUAAUAGUAUAUGAAGACACGGUCUAAUGAUACCGAUAUCCUGAUUACUGGAAUAUGAAAGUAAUAAAGAUAGCAUUGGGUGUGGCAAGAUUUCU